AUGGAUUCACUAGAAGGUCCAAAACGGCAUGCAGGAUGUAUGAAAUUUCUUGGUGAAUAUUGGGCUCUUCUUAUUAAAAUGCUUCUCUUAACAAAGCGUAAACGUGGUCAAACUAUAGCAGAAUUUCUUCUUGCAUAUGUAUUUUUGGCUCUUCUACUUGGUAUGCGAUACCUUCUCGAUCGUAACUAUUAUCAAGCACGACAAAUAACACCAUUCCGUCCACAUGAUUCAAUGUUAAGUAAUAGUACGACUGCUAAUGUAACAUAUUAUUAUCCCUAUAGUCUAUGUACGGAUACAAUUGUAAGAAAUGCUGUUGAUAGUCUAACACAAAAUGUUCCCGGUUUUACUAGCAACGUUCAAGCAAUUUCGGAUCCAACCUUAUCAUCUUUAUCAAAUUCAACAUUGGAAACAAUUUUUGCAUAUAUUUAUUUUACUAAUAUUGAUGCAUCAUGUAAUAAUUCUGCUUUAAUACCAGAUCAAGUUCAAUAUACAUUACGAAUGCAAGAAAAUGGUUUAACAUAUUAUCGUGCUCAACAGGUUAAACUUUCUGAAAGUGAUUAUUUAUGGAAACGUUCACCAGAAGAUUAUUGUCAAGAUAAUAGAACAUCACUUAAUUAUACAACUCAAUUUUUAGGUGUUCAAUAUUUUAUUGAUUUAUCAAUUAUUCAAUAUGCAACAAAUAUUAAUCAGAGUAUAUCAAGUGUUAGUUCAUUUCUUUCUUUUUUUUUU